UGUUUGAGUAGUCAACAAUGAUGGCAACUUCCUUGAAGCAGGCUGUCGAUAAGAACCUGGAGUGUCCUGUCUGCCUGAGCUUCUUCAAGGACCCCAAGAUCCUGACCUGCUCCCAUACCUUCUGCAAGGGCUGUCUUGAGACUCUCCUAGAGUCUCAUCGGAAGCUGUUGUGUCCUACGUGCAGGAAGGAGACUUCGGUUCCCGGUGGAGACGUAGGUAGAUUGCAAUCAAACAUAACAGUCAGAUCACUUGUUGAAGAUGUGGAGACCCAGGGCCAUUCCAACUAUAAUCAAGAAGACAAAUGUAAAAAACAUCCGAACGAAGAUGAAGACUGUUUUUGUCUUAACUGUAAAAAGUAUGUCUGCUGCAAGUGUGCCAUAUCAGAGCAUGCAAAGGACGCUCACACUAUCCUGGAAGCAGGCGCCCAUGAAAAGAAUAACAUCGAGGAACUUGCAUCUAAAGCGAAUGCAAAGAUACGCAACGUUGACAACUAUGUUACAUUCGUUGUAGACAAGCGUAAAAGGGUGCAUAACGUACAUGAACAACUCAAUGAUGAAAUAGAUGAUACGUAUGAGGAAUCAGUUCAGAAGUUAAAGAAAAUAAGGACGGUGUUGAAAAAUGAAGUCGGACAAAAGCUAGGUAAACUUGAGAGUUCAUGGGAGACAUGGAGGAGUCAGACAGAGGCUCUGACCUCACAUAAAGCGAAGUGCCAAACGCUGGAAGAUCUUCUAAGCCGGAUUGAGCCCGAUGAGAAGCUGCCCAGAAGAACUGCUGAGGAAGGUGAAAGAGUUGGCUUCAGGAGUCUGGGAUCGGAUGGACUCCAAAUGGGCCAGUUAAGACAAAAGAAGUCCAAAUGGGUUCUGCGCAUGCACGGGAGACCUCCUCCCUGA